GAUUUUGCUUAGAUGCAGUUAGCGUCAAAAUGGAGUCGUUUGUUGACAACCAUAUUUAAUUAAGACGAUUUUAGGAAAAUAAACAAUUCUGAGAGUAGCCAAGACCAUGGCAGUGGACCAGCAGUCAUUACCAGCAUUUAAUGCAUUUGAAAAACAACUAAAAACACUUUGUCUAAGAGAAUUUCCAUGUGGCCCGGGUACAUGGAGGGAAGCUCCUCCAGGAAAACUUAAAACAGUAAAAGGGACUUCAUCAACAAUAAAGACCUCUUCAAAAGUUGAUGGAAAAUACUCAAUAACCCUCAAAGAUUAUGGUGCACAACAUGAGAAAACUGAGACUCUAGAGGAGUGUGGCUCAGCUAAAUCACCCUGGUACUUGGACUACAGCUGGUCACAAGAAGCUAAGAAUCUGCGAGAAAUUUCUGUCAAGUCACCAUGGCUCAUAGAUGACAAUUUUGUAUUAAGUUACUUUAAAACACUGAGGAUUGUGGGUAAAAAUGUUACAUACAUAGACUCCAACUUACUCAAGUUUAAGAAUCUUGAAGAGCUUACACUAAGUUGUAACCUCAUAUCUGAUAUAGAUUCCAGAAAUUUGCCACCUAAUCUUAAGGUGUUAGAAGCAUGUGCAAAUGAAGUCAGUGAUCUGUCUACAUUAUGUGUGAAACCACCAAAACUGAUACAUCUAGGAUUAGGUUAUAACAAACUGUCUUUGAUUGGAGAUUAUUUGACGGGGCAAUACUGGCCACAUUUGCUGUCUCUCGACUUGAGUAAUAAUAACUUGAGUGAUCUUCUGGAUGUGGUCAGAAAGCUUAGCUCACUUCCAAAACUCAGGAAUCUUGUGCUGCAAGGAAAUCCACUCUCUUUGAUACCUGGUUACCGUGGUUACACAGUAGACAGUUUACGGAAGUUGAGUAUACUUGAUGACAUCAUGAUCUCUGCUGAUGAGAGGCAUUAUUUCAAAGGCUUGGCUAGAAGAAGAGAGCAUAUUUUAGAUGAGGCUAAGGUUAUAUUGGCUGUGAGUUAUAUCAAAGGUAUCCCAGUACCAGAUGAAAUUAAGAAUCCUGAUGAUCAACCAGAGUUCCCUGUGGUAGAGAGGAAAUAUUUUGUGCAAUUCAUGUUUCUAGAGGAUCAAACAUUAACAAUGGCUGGAGGGGAAGAGGAACUAAGGGACAUAACUGACAUGUCAGGAUAUCCCACAGAGAGAACAGAAAUGGCAGAAAUCGCAGAAAUGCAGUCACCAGUUGUAGAUGCUUCAUUUAUAGAGAAGAAUGUUUUGUUUACCCAGGAACCAGAUGUGAUGCAUACCAUUGAUAAUACAGGUGAUGCUGUUAUUCCAGAAGAAACACCCAUGGAAAAAGAAAAGAAGACAGAAGAUGAAGAAGAAAAAGAAGAGGAAGGAAUAAAAGCAAUCAAGACGGCACCAUUGAAUUCGGUGAAGAAUGCAUGGGCGGAGGAAGUUGAAUGUAACUGGACACAAGCGGUGGUACGAGAUGACCUUCUGUCAUUGAGAGAUUUCUUCAAACAAGGCAUGCAGAUUUCCGUCAUAGAAGAAGUGACGUUAAGUUACCCGGUGAUACCAGAGGAGGGUGAUGAAGGGGCACUGCCCAAUGCUAAGGACAUAGAGCCUGAGACAGAGGGGUAUCCAAUAGAUACAUCAACACCGGUUACCGGUACUAGAAAAGCCAGUGCAAAAGACAAGAAAAAAGAAAAAGAGGAAAAGCCUAAAAUUCCUAUUGUAAAAAAGACUGGUGGUAAGGAUAAAGGUGGUGACAAAAAGAAGAAGAAAGGGGAACCAGAACAAGAGCUGAAAAAGAAUCCUCCGACUUACACGACCCUCGCCACAUGGCACGUGCCGCUCGCAGACUUCCUGGAAGGAGAGUUCCAGUACCAGUCGGUUUUCUCGCAAGGUGGUGUCGAGGUCGCCUCAACCGUGAGAAGUAUGGAUACUGACUCGGCUAGAAAGGCAUUAAAAUCGAGGGGUUCAGGUAAAGGUUCAGGUCGUGGGUCUAGUCGAAUAUCAAGGAAAGAUGGGUCAAGGAGGGCAUCACGCUCAUCUAGAGCAGGCUUGGAUGAUGGUAAAAAGGGAGAUGCUAAAGGCAAGAAAUCACCAUCUGCUGGUAAGAAAAAGGACGAUCCUAAAGAUAAAAGUAAAGACCGUAAGUCAAGUGCAGGCAAGGGAGGUAAGGCUGGUAAGGCAGAUAAAGGUAAAGGAGGAAAACCAGACCGUAAGUCAAGUGCAGGCAAGGGAGGUAAGGAUGGUAAGGCAGAUAAAGGUAAAGGAGGAAAAGGUGCCCCAGUGGUUGCUGCUGGGGAUGAUGAUGAAGAUCCGGGACCCCCACCACCUCUUGAGAUUCAUAUAAGUGUACAGUUACAUCAUUGGAAGACAGCUAUGGAUCUAUUAAAGGAUGAAGAAGCCAAGAAAAAAGAAGAAGAAGAAGCUGCAGCAGCCAUGAAUCAAACAGAAGAAUCAUAAUUUAUGUUGCUCUUACUCUUAUUAAAUGAACUGUUUCGCUGAAAAUCUGAAAAUUGGAUAAAUCUGGAUUUAUCCUGAUAUUCUAAAUGUCUUUCUGUGAUAUUUUUUUUCAUUAGAGGCAAAUGCAAAUUAAAUGUCUUUAUGGAUAAAACCUUGUUUCAUAAAACUUUUCCUGAAAAAAUGCUGACAUUCUGUAUUUUGGCAGUGACCUUAAGUUUGCUGGUUUGAAGCAGUUUGGAACUUUUAGCUACACUCAAACCAAUUAUUUUAUUUUUUUAAGCAGGCUUAAUUCAUUGAUGUCAUAAAGCAUUUUGUAAAAAGUAUUAUGAUCUUCUAAUUCCUUCUAAUGUUUUUUUGUUUUUUUUUGUGAACAGCCCCAGUUAUUAUACUCUUUCCCAAUGAGUUUAAAUAAAGAUAUACAAUCCAACUUGCUCCAGAGAUGAUGUCCUUUACAGCCCAUCCACUUUGUUACCUUUUUUUUCUAGCUCCUAUUUGUAAAAGAACAAUUUAUAUUCAAUUAAGAAACAAACAAUCAAUGUUUCUUUCUUUAAGGUGGUCCCUGAGUAUACAAUUGAUAUACAAUGUAGUAUGUUUUAAUUGAGCAAUAUAAUAUAUUCAUGCUAUUGCCAGUGAAUUGGAGCACUGAUAUUUGCACAACUAUUACUUUUUUCACUUUUUUCACAUCUUUAUGUUUAAUGCCAUGUUUUUAUAAGUUUUUGUUUUUAUUUUUAUACAAUUUGUGUUAUUUUUAUGCUAAUAAUUUCAAUGUUUAAUGUUUAAAGGAUUUUUUCUUUAAUGAAGAUGCAUAAAAAAUAUAAGAUGCUAUUUUUGUUUGCAUUUUGUUCUUUUUUUCAGCAGCCUUUCUUUUGCAUUGCUUUAAUUGAGCUAUUCCGAAAUGUUGUACCUGAAAUUCAAUAUCAGACUUAAAGAUAACAGUGUCGUAAAUGAGUCUUGUAUUUGAGUAUUUCUUUGUUUGCUGCAGUUUAAUUUCAAAUUCUUAUGCGUUAAAACGAACAAAUACAAAGUGAUAAUUUGUAAAUUUGGCAUGUAACUUUUAUUUACGCUGAUCACAUGAUAUAAUACCUGUUCAUGGUAAUAAAAGAUUAUGUAGUUUUUUUUGGAGAAAAAAAGGAGUGUUAGUUCAAUAAACAUUUGAAUAUUUUACGACAUACAGAAUUGUUUUAUAAUGUUUGUUUGUGCAUUUUAUAUACUUUGAAUGGUUUUAUUUUACACACUUUUUUUUUAUACAUUUCGUUUUCAGAAUGAUUAUUAAUUUUUGUCUAGAAACUUAAUUUGGGACGAUUUUUAAUUCUGGAGCAUUAAUUUUGAAAAAAAGUUUGUUUUAUAUGAUGUUGUCUUUGCCAAAUGUUAUAACAAUCUCUGCAUAUUUGUUAUAACAUAUGACUGUGAUAUUUUGUCAGUUUUACACAUAAUGUUAUCUAUAUGUCAUAAUUUUUAAUAAAUAAAAACUGUU